AUGGAAAAUGCCUCUCAAAAGACAUUAGAGCUACUGGCUCAAUAUGAUAAUCACACAUCGGAGAGGGAUAAGGCCAUUGAGCAUAUUGAGCGUAGAGUUGUCAAUGAGGAUAUGCCAACGUAUGAUGAUCUUUUCAAAGAGAAUGUUAAACUGAAACUCCAAUUGAAAGAGCAAGAAACGGAGAUUGAAGCUCUGAAGAGUUUAGUUCAGGGGAUGAGGUCUUCAAAACUGAACGCGAAUGUUGUAACCGUUGGGGAUCGAUCUGGAGAAUCAGCACAAUAUGUAACUGCUAAGAAAGAGCUUUUGUUACCACCAAGAUCUGCCGACCGAGAGAAAAAUUCGAAGAACCUGUCAAUUCCCAUACCAGGAGUGGAUAGUAGCAACGCCGUUGGAAGAGUCAUACUUUCCUCCACAGAAAGCAGCAGUGGGCAUACACUAACACCCCAAGAGAGUCUAGAGAAGUCCGUGGAAAGAAAUAUAAAAUCUCCCAUGAAGGUAAAGGGUAAUAUGCAUGCUUCUAAAAGUGAUGUUAGUCCAGCAGCUUCUGUUACAUAUAAAACAUCAAGAAUCACCAUCGCAUCCCCUAACAGCCCCGGCCGUUCAGUGGCUUCGAGCAGAGUGAGGUCACCGCAAAGUGCUAAUAGAGUUACGGCUGUCAUUAACAACCAUGUUCAUUCCCCAUUAAGGUCGAAUAAUGAGAGUGAAAUUUUUUCAACAGAUAAAGACAGUAAUGACACGGUGGAUUUGUCGCCUUUGGGAGAUGAAAUAAACUUGAAGAGUCCACUCGCCCAUAUCAAUGCUUUGAAAUUGGAGGAUAAAGCAGUCGAGUUCUCACCUUCCUCAAAACAAAAUUUAAAUAGCUUUGCUGACUUUCUGGAAGAUACAUUUAAAAAAAGUGAAUCGGACUUAACCGAAAACUUAAAGGGCCAACAAGCUUCAUAUAUAUCAUCCCCAACACCUACCCCAGUGCCUCCUUCCCUCCCUUUCCCCUCAAUCACUCGAGAACGAGAAAUACCAACAUCUAUGAAGCUUGGGUCACCUGUCAUAUUGAACAGGAAGGAGCAGGAUCAUGUCACAAACUCUAGCACUAGAAAGUCUUCUUUGAAUACAUCUCUCAGUAAAGUGCAGUUGGCGAAUGCUGUUGCUACUUCUCCCAAACAAACCCUACCUUCAGAAAGUCCACAAAAUAGGUCUACCGAAACGGCUGCGCUUUUUACAGGAUCUCUUCCUCCCUCAAACUCUAAUGCUGCAUGGCCACAUGCUGGAAGCUUUAACUCCACAAGGUCACCGAAUGAAAAAUCUACCAUACCGUUGUUUGUCCAACCAGAGGACUUUGGUACCAUCAAAAUGAGGGUAUUGAGUACUCUCUACCAUGAAACUGAGUCAAAUUUUGACGAGCCCCAGGUCUUGUUUAGCGUCAUCGAUCGAAAAUCUCAAAAGGAAAUGUUCAAAUUCUCAAAAACUAUUCGAAAGAUUUACGAGUUGGACGUCUACUUGAAGCCAAGAUUAUCAUCUUUAUCGUUACCAGCACUACCCGAUAAACAGUUACUGGAGUCAUUAGCACCAUCUAAAGUUGAUGAAAGAAGGGAAGUGUUAGCGCAGUAUUUCUUCAGCAUAUUCAGCAUUCCUAAUUAUCCUCCGAACGCUGCCUUGAGGAUUGCGCAAUUCAUGAGCACUGAUACAGUAAUGAAUCCUGUUUUGUUAGGAGAUACAGUAAAGGAAGGAUCACUACUUAUGAGAAGACCGAAAACUCUUGGGAGUGCUGGUAAUUGGCGUGCCCGAUACGGUAUAUUGGGAGGAGAUGUUCUUACACUCUUCGAUAAGGGGCAAGUGUCUGAGAGAAUAAGACUAAAGCAGUCGACCAUUGAGUUGUUACCAAACUUACCAGAAGAUAAACACGGCACAAAAAACGGGUUUGUGAUCAACGAACAUAGAAAGAGCGGUCUUUCGAAUACAACGAAAUAUUUUUUGUGUGCCGAAACAUCUAAAGAACGGGAAAUUUGGGUGUCAGCAAUUAGCGAAUUCAUUUUCAGUGCAUCAAUUCCACCUACAUCAACUAUUACAAGUACAAAUGCAGAAGGUAAUGCAGUACGGACCAAGAUUGAUAAUGGUUCAGUUGAUCAAAUAUAUGUUACUGAUUUAACUGUGGAUUCUGGUAGUCAAAGUAAUGAAGAUAAUGCUAGUUCGGUAUCUCAUGAGGUUGAUAACAUGGAAGAAUAUGAAGACAGUAAAGAAAGUAAAGAAAUCAAACGACUAAAAAUGAGAAGUUUUUUCCCAUUCAAAAAAAUCACAAGUAAUGCUCUGAACAUGAUGUAUGAUGAUGCGGACACAAUCGCCUCUCAAGAUUCUGAUCCUAAAUUUUCGGAUAACUCAAUAGCUAAAUCACUGGAAAACAUGAAUCUGAGCCCCGAAAAGCAUCAGAGCAAAGUGUUCGGUUCACCGUUGGAGGACUGUUUAAAACUUAGUUCACAUACUUAUCUGGGAAAAUACGAAAUACCCAGUGUGGUAUACCGUUGUUUGGAGUUUCUUUACAAAAAUCGGGGAAUUCAAGAAGAGGGUCUUUUUAGAUUAAGCGGCUCGAGUGCUCUAAUCAAAUCAUUACAGGAGCAAUUUGACACACGCUAUGAUGUGGAUUUGUUCAAUUAUAAUAAACAUAUUCCUGAAACGAACGUUUCAUCAAGUGGUACCUUCAUUGAUGUAAAUACAGUGAGCGGCCUUUUGAAACUGUAUUUACGUAGAUUACCGCAUUCGAUAUUUGGGGACGAAGAAUACGCGUCUUUCAAAUAUAUAACAGAUCAGUACAACAAUGAUACCUCACAAAUUGCAUAUAAAUUCCGUGAUCUGAUACGAAGUGGUGGCAUUCCGGAGGCAAAUGUUUCCCUCAUGUAUUGUCUGUUCGAAUUACUGCUUAGAAUACAAGAAAAUCAGCGUUACAAUAAAAUGAGUGCGAAAAAUCUGUGCAUUGUGUUUUCUCCUACUUUGAAUGUUCCGGUAACAAUCCUACGGCCGCUUAUUAUAGAUUUCGCUUGCAUUUUUCAAGAUGGUAGUCCUGUAGAGCAAGAGAUAAACCAAGAUGUGGAUGUCCAUAUCCCCCAAAUCUAA